UAGCGGUUUGUCUUUCUGUUUGACACCUGAGACUCUCGCAGGAACAAACCGUCAUGUCGCUCGGAAAAGUCACCCGGAGUUUGUUGAAACCGGCCCGGGGAGUCCUCCGGUCGUCGGCCGCGGCUCUGAGCCGAAGCUACGCCGCCGUGGCUGAAGCCAGAGCGGUGCUGGAGAGCGAGCUGGACGGGAUCCGCGCGGCGGGGACGUGGAAAGCGGAGAGGAUCAUCACGUCGAAGCAGGGACCGCAGAUCAACGUGGACGGCAGCCGGAGCGCCAUAUUGAAUUUCUGUGCCAACAACUACCUCGGACUGUCGAGCCACCCAGAGGUGGUGCAGGCCGGGAUCGAUGCUCUGAAGUCGUACGGAGCCGGACUGAGCUCUGUCAGGUUCAUCUGUGGCACACAAGAUCUACACAAAAACUUGGAGCAGAAGCUCGCAGAGUUUCAUGAGCGGGAGGACUGCAUCCUCUACGCCAGCUGUUUUGAUGCAAACGCUGGACUGUUUGAGGUUCUGCUGGGUCCGGAUGACGCGGUGCUGUCUGAUGAGUUAAACCACGCCUCCAUCAUCGACGGGAUCCGUCUGUGUCGAGCAAAGAGGCUGCGCUACAAACACAUGGACCUGAGUGAUCUGGAGAACAAGCUCAAAGAGGCUCAGUCGUCUCGAAUGCGCCUGGUGGUGACGGACGGCGUCUUCUCUAUGGACGGAGACGUGGCCCCUUUGCCAGGAAUCUGUGACCUGGCUGAACAGUACGGAGCCAUGGUGUUUAUAGAUGAAUGUCACGCCACCGGCUUCCUGGGGCCCCGAGGGAGAGGAACAGACGAGCUGCUGGGAGUGAUGGACAGAGUUCACAUUGUAAACUCCACACUGGGAAAAGCACUGGGAGGAGCUGCUGGUGGCUACACAGUCGGCCCUAAACCUCUCAUCGACCUGCUGAGGCAGCGCUCGCGGCCGUACCUGUUCUCCAACUCCCUCCCCCCUCCUGUGGUGGGCUGUGCCACCCGCGCUGUGGAGCUGCUGCUGGCAUCCAAUGAGAUCUCACAGAGCAUGACGGCCAAAACUAUGAGGUUCAGGAACAAGAUGACGGAGGCCGGCUUCACCAUCGCCGGCUCCGCUCAUCCCAUCUGUCCCGUGAUGCUGGGCGACGCGCGGCUGGCCUCCGUGAUGUCCGACGACAUGCUGAAGCUCGGGAUCUACGUGAUCGGAUUCUCCUACCCCGUCGUACCAAAGGGCAAAGCCAGAAUCCGCGUUCAGAUUUCAGCCGCCCACACAGACGAAGACAUCGACCGCUGCGUCGACGCUUUCAUCCAGACGGGCAGAAAACACGGAGUCGUCUCCUGAAUCUGAUCAACUCAGCUGCCAGAGUUAAUACUGAAGUACGACGCGCUCGCUCCUGCAGAUUGUGCUGCUUGUUACUGAAGACUCAUGAACGGUGUUGAUGGAAAUAUUAGUUACGUUUGUAGAUCAACGGAGGUCCGUGUUAUUUUUGUGAUUGCUCGGCUUCAUAGAGCUCUUUUGCUGACGUGUGCAGGUGUUUGUAUUUUAAGAAAAAAGGGCUGCAUUUAUUACAAUCAGCUUUCAGCUCAUCCUGCCGAACCACUGGAAGAACCGCGGCGCUUUGUUGAUGCUUUCUACUCAGAGGAAAAGCAUUUAUGAACUUUGACGAGCUUUAACGAUGUUUAAGCAGUCCAAGGUCAGAUGCUGUUUCUCAACACAUCUUCUCCUCAGAAGGAGCCGACUCGCCUUUUCCCUCAAGAGACGCAGCAGCAGAUUUGUACAUUUUGGAUGAAGAAAACUUAAAUAUUAAAGUCUGCCUUUACUCAAAAA